AAAUGCCUGCGAAUUCAAGUGACUGUUAAUAUGUGACAUUUAACUGUUGACAGUCCAUCGGGUCAAAAUGUAUUCUGGACUUCUCUGGACACUAGCCACACUUCUAGUCGCAUCAGACGCGCUUGUGGGAAAAGAAUGUAAAGCUACCACAGAGUGUGACCAGGAUGAAUGCUGUGAGAUACUGACCGGCCCGGUCGUCAUGAGCAGACGACAGGAUCUGUUGAUGUCAACCAUUGCCCCAAACAAUGAGAAAGGCACUUGCCAGAAGUACAUUGCUGAAGGCGCGGGUUGUGUCUUUUUCCAAUGGCAAGCUGGGCAGUGCGGUUGUACCCCAGGCACUGAAUGUACCCGACAUGAAAUCCCUUACACAGACUUUAUGAUGUGGAACAUGGUAGCUUCACGACCUGGCUACAUCUGGUUCCAUUCCUGUCUAAAGGUGCAGGCAUGAUCGUCUGCUUAGAGGUUGACAUGAUUUACAAUGGAUUCUCAGAAUUUGAAUAAAAUCAGAUUAGUAUUUAUCAUUA